GUCUAUUUUCAGUAGAAGAGGAGGAGCUGCUGUUACAUUUCCCUAAAGCUGCACUAGACCUGGUUAAGUUAGGUGUUAGAGGUGAACACUGGCCCAGACAGUCCACAGAGCAGCAUCAGGAUGGAAGGGAUCUUCAUUGGUGUCUUGUGUCUCUCAGGGUGCCUCACCUUCUCCACAUGCCUCCUCCAUCAGUACCACUUUGUGUCUGAUGCAAUGAAUUGGACUGAAGCUCAGAGCUACUGCAGAGAGAAGUACACAGACCUGGCCACUAUUGAAAACACUGAAGAAAUGAAGAAGCUUAAAGACACAGUUCCUGCUGCUGGUAACAGCUCUAAGGUUUGGAUUGGCCUGUACAGUCAUAUUGACUGGAAGUGGUCAGAUGGGUUCAACCAGAGUGGAGCUGUAUAUAGGAACUGGAGUGUGGGUGCCCCAAACUAUAAGGAUGCCAAUCAGCUCUGUGUGCGAAUGAAGAAUGGAGAAAAUUGGCAUGAUAAUAGCUGCAAUGAAAAUAAUCCAUUCGUCUGCUACAAUGGAACAUUAGAGGAUUCUGACUUUGUGUCAGUGAGUACAGUAAAGACUUGGUCUGAGGCUCAGAGGCACUGCAGAGAACACUUCACAGAUCUGGUCACUGUGAGGAACGACACUGACAACGGCAAGAUAAAGGACUUGAUAUCCAAUUAUAAUAGGGCAUGGAUCGGUUUGUACAGAGAUCCUCAGAUUUACUGGUCCGACGGAAGUAACUACUCAUUCAGCUCCUGGUAUCAAGGUAACAACCCACUUGGCUCGAUGAAAGUUGUAUGUGGUGUUGCAGAUUUGAAGGAGGGAGGAAACUGGAGGUUAUGUUCCUGUGAAGAAAGAAAACCAUUUGUCUGCUACAGCAUGCGUGGAUGGUGCUUCCUUGAGUGAAAGAGAGAGAACACAUCCUGACAUUAGAAAAACAGUUAUUGUCUCAAUAGUGACUCUUAUAACAUGAAUGCAUUAAUUAAUAUUUAGAUGAAGUUUGUUCUGUCUAUUGUUUCUUUACAGUGAGAUAAACUAGAAAUGUCUUGUGAUGUACUUGUAUGUUAUCACUUCAUUAAUCUGCUCUGUGAUGGCUCUUCAAGACAAACUGAUACUUUAGAACAUUUUGACUCUGUCUGGUUUCAGUCUCCUUCACUAAUUCUCCUGGUGAAUGAGAUUUCAGCUCUUAGCUCUCAACUGUAUUUUUUUGUCAGAUUGAAAAGAAAUAAUUCCCGAAAAAACUUUAAAUAUUCGCUGGUCUUGGUUUAAUGGAAACCCCUGUGUUAUAGAAAAUUGAUUUGUUAGAUUAAGCAGAUAGACAAAAAUGUGUAAAUGAAUCAAUUAUAAUGUGUAUAUGCAACAGAAAUAAAUUACUUUUUUGUUCUUCUA